AAGGCGGCGGAGGGUGGUGGAGUGCGCGGCGUUACCCUGCUGGGCGCUUGGUCGGCUACACACACACUGACUACUCACCAUCGUCUCUCUGUUUCUGCCAUUGAUUUUGAAAAUUCUCUCUCUGAGUUGAAUGGAAUCUUCAAUUCCAGAGGCAGCAGAAUGCGAUCUCUCUGUUCCAAUUCCGAGGGGCGGACCCAUUUACGUUUCCAAUAUGGUUGGCCCCUCAACUAGGGUUUCUCACUUUCAGACUUCUCUUCUCUCUGAACUUGAGAGUUUAGAGGCUGAACUGUGCCAAGAUUCUUCUCAUCAUGAUCUCUCGGUCGAUGACCUUAAAGUAUUCACAGAGGACGAGUUAAUGGAUAUGGCUUUGAAAGAAGUUUUUCAGGGUAGUGAGAACAACGAAAAUCAUCCCCCACCUUUGGACCAACCCAAUGCAGGCAGGUGUCACAAGAAGAACUCAAGGAGAAAGAGAAGGGGCGCAAAUAAUUCUAUUCUUGAUAGUAGUUGUAUAGAAAAGGUGGAGCGAGUAGUGGGAAUCAAACAGAAGCAGGAAGAAGACAAGGCAGCGGUCAGACUUCAUUCAUUUAGUCCUGUUUGCAGGAUCAGUGAGUCUGCCAAUAAAUCAGCUAGAACUGAAAGGAUGAGGUCCCUUAGGUCUACAAGUUCUACCAGAAAGGUCAACACAGCUGGCCUUCAGGAACACAUACCUGUGCUGUAUCCGGAAGUUGUUCUAUCUGUGGAGGUUUACCAUAACGUUCGAAAGGGUAUCAAGACCCAAGAGUUGUUAGUUCUUGGAGGGCAGACCUUAACUGCUUUGAGAGACAAGAUCUUUUGCUCAACGGACCAGGUGAUGCAAAAAGCUGGGCAGCACGAUCCUUCUGGUUAUUUUCUCAUAGAAGGUGUAUUCUGCACUGAUUUGAGGGAUCCAUCUGCUAUUGAUUUCACCAGACCUAUAUUGGAUUGGCUCCGGAACUCUAAGGAGGAGGCAAAAAAGAAAUGGGAAUAUAUUAUAACUGGGGAACUGCAGCAGAAACAAAAAGCAAUCAUGGGUGAAGCAUCUGCGUCACAGUUGCCUCAUUUCACAUCUAUUGAGAUGCACAAGAUACGUUUUUGUGACUUAAGCUUUCGACUUGGUGCCGGAUACCUCUAUUGUCAUCAGGGUGACUGUACUCAUACCUUAGUGAUACGAGAUAUGCGGUUAAUUCAUCCGGAAGAUGUGCAUAAUCGAGCUGCAUAUCCAAUAAUCACGUUUCAACUGAAGUUGCGUUUUCAGAAAUGUAGUGUUUGCAAAAUAUUCAGAGCUACAAAGGUCACGGCGGAUGACAAAUGGACACCAGAAAACCCUUGUUAUUUUUGUGACGAAUGUUUUCCCCUACUUCACCUGGCGGAGGACGGCUCUUUGUUAUAUACCGAAUUCGAAGAGUAUGAUUACAACCACGAUUAAUUGCUGUUAGCCAUGGAAUAAUACCUAAUGGAGAUUAAACUGAAGGUCAUUCUUUACAAUAAUCUCAUUGAAUAAUGUUUUUCAUUGUGCAUUGAGUUGGAGAUAAAUUGUGUCAGAGGCCUACUUGGAGAUGCAUUUGUACAAAUCUUUUUUAUGAUCAUGUAUUUCGGAUCUACUGCAGGUAGCACUACAGAAGUAUAUGCAAUACGCAAUUUUAUG